UUCCCCGUUCCUCUCUCCUCUCUAUCUCACCUUUCCCCUCUAUGUGUAGCACACGGUGGGCGGCCACAGGAGCUCGACGGCGACCUUCAUUCCUCAGCCAGCGGCGCGUCGACCACCUGGGUAACCGUUGCACUCCAUCUAAAGCUAAUUCAAGAAGCCAAACAACAACUCUAUUUAAGCUGUGAGUCAUCAGCAGUUGCCUGUUCAAAUGCAGCCCUAACCAACAAGUCGAAAGUUGAUACUUCCAUAUGGAUUCAAACAACGGAAGGAGGAAAAGCAGGAGUUAUCUUACUUGGACAGACAAUAUGGAUCGGGUUCUGCUUGAUGUUCUUGCUGAGUAUCACAAUAAUGGCAAUCAUACAGCAAAUGGAUGGAAGCCACCUGCAUACUCUGCGGCAGUGAAAACUGUGCGCGAGAAGUGCAGUGUGGAGAUUACAAAGGACCACGUGUAUUCAAGAUGCAAGACCUUUGACAAGCAUUGCAGUAUCAUUAGCAGGUUACUUGCCCAUUCUGAUUUUGGAUGGGAUCAAGACAAGAACAUGCUCAUCAUUCACAAUGAGGAUGCUUGGAAAGUAUACAUAGAGAAAAACAAAGCAGCUGCCUGCUACAAAAACAAAGUUAUUAAGAACUGGGAUGCAAUAAGUCUAAUAUUCUCGAGAGACUAUGCUACUAGUGAAGAGGAGAGUGCAGGAGGUGAAAAUGCCCAAGAAAUGGCAUUGAAGGGUGCCGAAGAUGUCCGGGAGCUUACUCAAAAUUCACCUUCAACAUCUGGACCUAGCAGUCAAGAUCAAGGUGGAAUGCCGACACCAACUCGACCCAGUCAACUGUGCAGGAGGAGUAAGAGGUUCAGAACAGAUGAUGCACUCUUUUGCAUGUCUGGGAACAUAAAGAAUUCAUUUCAGAUAUCUGUGAAGGCAAAUGAACCUCCAGCGGAACGAGCUAAUGCAUCUCCAAAGGAAAUCUUUGCGGCGCUUCAAGAGAUACCCAACUUAGGACGGGGUGAUCUGCUGAGGGCCUACUGUAUUCUCACUAGCAAUGACCGCAAGUUUGAAUCUCUUGUGGUGCUUCCGAUGGACAUGAGGAAGGAUUGGUUGAUGAUGGAAAUUGGGAAGAACUGAAGCUCGUUCAGUUUCCAUUGUUAUGGCAGAUUCAUCACUAGACCUGUAUCAAAUCUUAGCAUUGUUCAAGAUAUCUGAUACCGCAAUGCUUGAUGUUUAACUGUUUUGUGCAUGUACUAAUUUUGGAUUCUGCUAAAGUUUUAUAAUUUUUAAUGUCCUUGGUGCA